CUAUUUAAUGUUCGCGUUUCAGGAGAAUUUAAUCAACUUCAAUAUUUUUCUUAUGUACUCUGUUGAGAAGGCAUACGGCUGGGAACAGAAUGCUUCAGUGGAUAAAUCUCUGAUACAGUACAGGCAUGGCAUAUCUACAUUUGUUGACAGAAAAUACAAUAGGAAGGUAGAAGUACUUCUUGACUGAAUCUCUAAUGUUAAACUUUUGUAGAAUCUAAGCAAAUUAACAGCGUAAAUUUGAGGACAACCCAUCUUGGUUAGGCUUCUGCAGCCUUUACUAAAUUUGGCAACAAAUGCAGUGGCAUUCACAGACAUGUUGUUGGCCAUAACACUCACACACAGCACCUACUGCAAGUGGUGUUCUGGUAAGAAACUGCAAACUUUAUGGGAUUAGGUCCAGGGUUGGCAAGGGGAGGUACUGCCAUCAUCCUUGUUAGCUGUAUACAAAGCUUGCUAGGGGGCUUCUGGUGGUUGUAGCUCAGCUGACCUUAGCUGAAUUUGAUGAUGCCAUCUUUGAUGCUGUUGACUUGCUCUUCGUUUCUUUGGGAGAUCAUAACCACCUGCUACAUAUGUAGAUGAUGCUUUGGCCAUUGGCCCUGUAGUAGCAAGAGGAAUAACCGUUGUCCGCUCAGGUGAAAAUCCAGUUCUUGUAUUACUACAUUUCGAAUUCUAAUGAAUGUAAUAAUUCUCA